GAAAUGGCAAAACUUUAUGUGAAGUCCAAGGACUUGGUUGAACUGGUUAACACACCAUCCUGGAUGGACAAAGGUCUGGGCUCUCAAAAUGAUAUAAAGGAGCAGGAGAGGAGACCAGGUUCUUAUGGGAUGCUUGGAACAUUAACUGAAGAGCAUGACAGUAUUGAGGAGGAAGAAGAGGAGGAAGACGAUGGAGAGAAACCUAAGAAAAGAGGCCCCAAGAAAAAGAAGAUGACUAAAGCUCGCCUGGAGAGAUUCAGGGCUCGCAGGGUCAAGGCCAACGCUCGAGAACGAACCCGGAUGCAUGGGCUGAACGAUGCCCUGGAUAACCUCAGGAGAGUCAUGCCCUGUUAUUCUAAAACCCAAAAACUUUCCAAGAUAGAGACUCUUAGACUAGCAAGGAACUAUAUUUGGGCCUUGUCUGAGGUGCUGGAGACUGGCCAGACACUUGAAGGCAAGGGCUUUGUGGAGAUGCUCUGUAAAGGGCUCUCUCAGCCCACAAGCAACCUUGUGGCUGGAUGCCUCCAACUGGGGCCUCAGUCUGGCCUCCUGGAGAAGCAUGAGGAAAAAUCUACUAUGUGUGACUCUACCGUCUCUGCCCACAACUUCAACUACCAAUCUCCAGGGCUCCCCAGCCCGCCUUAUGGCCAUAUGGAAACACAUCUUCUUCAUCUCAAGCCUCAGCCAUUCAAAAGUAUGGGAGACUCUCCCUUUGGGAGCCAUCCCCCUGACUGUAGCACCCCCCCUUAUGAGGGCCCACUGACGCCACCCCUGAGCAUCAGUGGCAACUUCUCCUUGAAGCAGGAUGGUUCUCCCGACUUGGAAAAGCCCUAUACCUUCAUACCACAUUAUACGCCUGUGAGUCUAAGCUCGGGGCACAUGCAUUCAACACCCUUCCAGACUGGCACCCCCCGCUACGACGUUCCUGUAGAUGUGACCUAUGAUUCCUACUCCCACCAUGGUAUUGGAACUCAGCUCAAUACAAUCUUCACUGAUUAG